CCCUGUUUGUGUGCAAAUGUUAUUUAUCUGCUAAUUUUGAGUGACAAUUGCUCUUUCAUUAUAGAGGCUCUGAAGGCGAUAUUACUCCCUCGAUGGAAGACCGCCCCACAGUGCCCCCAAGGGCUCCUCCCGUUAUCCCCUUUGCACCAGGCUCAGAUGAAGGCGAGCAUGCACAGCUGCGUGAAAGUCAUCUCGGAUCAACAUCCCCAACGGCAGCUCACGCCGGCAGAUGGAGGCCAAAUAGCCAGCCUUGCAACAAGCGUCUCGUCGUCGGCGCUGCAGGAUCUCUUGGCGCCAAGGACGGAUACCCUGCUGGCAGGGUUUAUCAGAGCAGUGCCGCGGUCCCCAAAGCAGCACAGCCAAUGGCAACUGUGGGGUGCUCGUCUCGCGGGAGCAGCCUCCCCGAGCUGCUGCAUCGGCUCGACCGCUUGUCUGGCGCGGAAGAGAGCUUUGAAGAAGAUGGUGCAUUUAGAAACAACAGCGAGCAAUGCGACAAGGUAGUUACAGAGGAGGGCAUGCUGGAGCGCAUGCGCACCCUGGCGGGCACAUCGUCGGCUACAGAUAUUUCGAAUGCGGUGAAUCAGAUUGUGGGAUAUGUUGAGCGCGAGAGCCAACGCAGACAGCUGCAGAGCGAGCGGCACCACCGGUGCCGCCAAGUAUCAGGCUCAGCGUAUGGACUGUUGGGAUCUACACAACAGGCCAGUGCACACAGCGAUACUGGGCGGAACGGAGCUAUUGCAAGCCACGAGACAACGCCAACCAUAUCUCCUGCAGUAUCCACGCCCACCUCUGCGCCCGCUGCUGUCUCGGAUUCGGUUUCUGCCACAAAGGCCGGCUCGCCAUUGAUGUUGCAGAAGCAGCAGCCAAAAUAAAACAAUUUACCAUAUCACAACUCGAGGAGUGACUCAAAAUGACGCUCUGGCUUUUGACCUUUCAAAUUAAA